GUGAACGAAAAGCUGAUGUGGCAUCCCCACAAUUUAGUUUGGAAUUUUAUUCUUGUUUGUUUCUCUAUCUAAAAAAUAUAAGUCUUAACAUAAUAUACCGUAGAACAUGCGCGAAAUGCAUUGAUUCAUCUGCUUCUUAUGCUCCUAGUUACACUACGCUACCUUGCCAAAGGAGAUUUUUAUAGCGAGGUUGGAGAUCUGCAUGGAGUCAGCAGGAGCUCUGUGUGCCGGUGUAUUCAACAGGUUAUAAGUGCCAUUAACCGAAACCUGAACAACAUCACCUUCCCAACAUCUUUGCAUGACCUUGCUGCAACAAAACAGAAGUUCCAUCGUGUAGCAGGAAUCCCGAAUGUUAUAGGCGCUGUGGAUGGAACACUGAUCCCAAUUCAAGCUCCAUCUGAAAAUCCUCAGACGUAUGUGUGCCGAAAAGGAUACCAUGCUGUAAACAUUCAAGCUGUUGUGGAUAGCAGCUUAAGGUUUACCAAUGUCAAUGCAAAGUGGCCUGGUUCAACACACGAUGCCACAGUAUUUGAUAACUCUUCACUGAAGGACCACCUUGCUAUCAACAAGCCAGGAUGGCUAUUGGGAGAUUCUGGUUAUCCAUUGAGAGAAUACCUGAUAACACCCAAGAACAACCCACAAACAGCACAAGAAUUGGGAUUCAACGGGGCUCACAGCCGAACUCGAAUUUGUGUUGAAAGAGCAUUUGGACUUUUGAAGGCUAGAUUUAGGUGUCUGCAUAGAAGUGGUGGUGUCCUUCCAUUCCGUCCUGGCAAGUGUAUGGAGGUGGUUGUGGUAUGUGCCAAACUCCACAAUUUGUGCCUUGACCUCAAGAUACCUUUUGACAAUGAAGAAGAAGAAGUGGACAUUGAUGAAGAUCCACAGAAUCUGUAUCCUGAGGGCAACAAUCAGCAAUGCAGGCAGAGAAUAAUUGCAAUGUUUUAAAGGAUAUGUUCUUAUUACCUGCUUCAUUGAAAAUUCAAAGUCAGUCGAAUGAUACGCCUGCAUUGUGUUCUGAUUGACUAGGGCGUAUCAUUCGACUGGCUUUUAAUUCCCACAUGGAAUUGUAAUUAUUUGGUUGAUGUUGGUGAUUAUGUUCAGCAAGUGAAAAUUUACCUGUUUCACUAUUG